AUGGAUAAAAAUACGGAAAUUAAAAAAGAAAAAGUCAAUUUGAAAAACGUUAACAAGAAACAGUUUAGCGGGUUGAAAAAGCCUAAAUAUCAACUGAACGAUACUCAGACUAAGCAACGUGGCGUUACUAGAACCAGGCGUAUAUCGUCGACGAAGAAGAGUGAAACACCUAACGGUAUUAUUCCGCCGAAAUAUUACGAGAAUUCUCCUGGUAAUAGAAAGCAAUAUCUCUGGAAAGAAAACUCCAAUUAUCACAACAACGAGAGAACAGCUUCCUAUAGAAGCAUAAAGAAUUUACAUUCUUCGAAUAACGUAAGCAGCUCUAGCAUCCUGGGGCACAACGUCAGCAGCGAGAAUAGCUUGCACGCUGUUCAGCAGAAACCGGCACUUUCGGCAGUGGUAAACGAAAGUCCGAAAAAAAGUCAUGUACAGGCCAAAGGUCAAGAUUUAACGGAAGAUGUAGUACUAAAACCUUCGGAUCGGGCAAACUCACUAUUAGAACAACUACUUGAUUCAAAGUCAAAUCGUAUGUUACAAAGCAUAAAUCCAACGGUGGAGACUAUUCCGACUCGUAAUUCCUAUUCCCCAUCAGCCCCGAAGGCCGAAAAUGGGACGGGACCGAAAAUGACUCCAAAUGGAGUUAUAAAACAUUCCAGCGAAAUUCCACCUCCAAAAACAAAAAUUUGUGAUCAAAAAUCACCUGUACCCUCGUUGGAUUUAAAGCAAAAUGGGAAUGUGCGGCGACGAUCAAGUAAAGACAUACUAAAUGGAGAAGUAGCAAAGUAUGACAACAAAAUAACGCCAAGGGAGAAUGGACUACCACCUGGUAUUAAAAGAACAUCUCGUACAGUUUUCCCAGGAAAAAUGGAAAUAUUGCCGGAGUCAGACAGUGACAGUGAAAAGGACUUGUGUCGCUUCGAACGAAAGAGACAUAGUCACCGAAAAUCGAUGUCGAAGUCUUCAAAAUCCAAGAAUUCAACCGACGCUGACGAAGCUGCGAAAGGGUUGGAUAGACAAUCAAGUUUACAUGCUGCAGCAAACGGACUUGAUGAUGGUACUUCCGCUAUAGAGGAAAGAAUCAGUGGAGAGUACGAAAGCUCAAAGGACGAAGCCCCGAAGAAGGAAACACCAAGGUACAUGACGACUAUAUGCCGAAAUCAUGACGGUCGGAACUCGGGUGAAAAGUUGGAUGCUGUUUUGUUUUGUCGGAUUUGUGUUCAAGCUGUCUGUUACAAAUGUGCCUUCGAACGACAUAAGGAACAUGAUGUUAUACCGCUAGCGUCAGCUGUUAAUUUAAUAAGGGUAAAAAUGGCGGAACAGAAGCGAGCAAUCGAAGGAAGCAUUUCCCAAAUGAGAGGGCGAAGGAAAAAGAUGGAGUCAAACUCGGAAGAAGUUAGAAAGAAAAUCAAAAGUCAAUUUGAAAAAGUUAUCGACAGACUUCACGAGAAGGAAGACGAAAUCAUGUCCGCCCUUGACAAAGCAAGACAAGAUAGACUCGGAUCAUUGUAUCGUCUUCAAUCUCGCCAGGAAACAUGUUGGGGACAAAUUGAUGCAGUUUUGAAGACAGCAGAUGAUGUGAAAAUGUUUGAAGAAUUUUCGUCGCUCAGUCCAGAUACCAUAAAUCUCGGUCCCGGGUCACCGGCAUCUCACACCUCAUGUUUAUCACCAGUAAUAGUAAGUCCCAGAGUCAGUGUUGACCUGCAUAAAUUACAAGAAGAAAUUGACAAAAUCCGUUUGCUCAACGAUGAAGAUUCGUCCAGUAGUGGAGUUACUCCUGGUGUGAAUGCAGCUAAUGACUCAUCAAGAAAAAAGAAAAAAUUGUGCUUCAAACUGGACGUCACAACUGCCGGAAUCGCUCUUCGAAUUUCUCCAAAUUGUACUAUAGUGGAAUACGUUGGGUCGGCUAGAAGCUCUGUUGCUCAGAACCAACCAAUUCAUAUUCACCCUCCGACUCACGGUGCAACGAUGAACAACUCUCAUCCUUAUCCCGGUGUUGCUGCGAUGCGUCUUCGUCGCACACAGUUUGCAACCGUCCUAUCCGACACUUCCAUAACUCAGGGAAAACAAUAUUGGGAAGUGUCCGUGAAUCGCAGUAUGGAGUACAGACUGGGAGUUGGUUAUAAACAUAUGCAAGGCACCAAGACAUUGGCCGACGAGCACAACAGCUGGGCAUUGUGCCUCACAUACCCCGACAGGUUUUCAGCAAUGCAUAAAGGACGAAAGGAAUACAUCUUUGUUGCAAGUCACAUCGCUAACAGCUCAAAAAUCAUGAGAAUUGGACUCUUUCUAGACUAUGAAAAAGGAAUUUUAUCGUUUUACAACUCAAGUAAUCCAGCCGAAAAAAGACAUUUAUAUACUUUUCGAACGUUUUUUAAUCGACCUGUUUGGCCCUUGAUAUCAUUAAGACAAGGGAAACUACAAAUUAUAACGGGACUACCAAUACCAAAAAAUCUUGUAUGGAAAACAAGAUGAGACUUUGUGCUUCAUGUUGAAUGAAAAUGAUCUUUAUUAGUAAACACAGGGUCUCUUUCGACGAUGAAUAAUAUGCGUGACGAAAUUCGUGUCAAAUUAGGGCGAUCCAGAAGUAUGUGUACCAAUAUGGAGGUAACUAAUUUUGUUCGCCAACUUUACAUCAAGUUGUGUAAAAGGACUGAAACCUAUGGGCAGGGUGUAUAUUCACUUGGCUAA